AUGGAGACCGACCACACUAAGGCAUCAGAUGCCCUCGACCUGGAACGAAAUGACCACCAGUUUUUGAUGAAUAACACCGUUCAAUCCUUUACCUGGGAUAACCUGACUGUAACCGUGAAAGAUAGACGCACUAAGAAACCUCGAAACCUUAUUGAGGGCUGCAGCGGGACUGCCCAUCAUGGCCAACUGAUCGCGUUGAUGGGCCCCUCCGGCUGCGGAAAGACGACUCUCUUAAACGUUCUCGCGCGUCGCACAGCUUCCGCGGGUGCGAAAAACACGGGGGACUGCUACAUAAAUGGAGCGAAGCUGGACAAUAACACCUUCAACCGGAUCACGUCCUACGUCGAACAGGAGGAUGCGUUGAUCGGAUCGCUGACGGUAGAGGAGACAUUGAAGUUUGCCGCAGAUCUGUCUCUCCCAGGCUCAGUGUCGAGAUCUCAGAGAGUGGAUCGUAUACAAACCCUCCUGAGCGCAUUCGGGAUCCAGAACCAGGCUUCGACACUAGUGGGAACACCAAUCCGUAAGGGCAUUAGUGGAGGGCAAAAGCGCCGGGUCAGUGUCGCCAGUCAGCUUAUCACAUGUCCUAAGAUCCUUUUUCUCGACGAGCCAACCAGCGGACUGGAUUCAACUGCUAGUUACGAAGUCAUCUCGUAUGUCAAAAAACUGGCGGUAGCAAACAAUGUACGUCUCUCUGGAGAGGGCUUUGCGGUAAAGCUUAUCAUAAUCGCAAGUAUCCACCAGCCAUCGACAACAACCUUCCAGCUCUUUGACAAUCUUCUCCUUCUUUCGGGAGGCAAGACAUGCUACUACGGACCCGUUUCGGAUGUCCCUAGCUACUUCGAGAACAUCGGCUGUCCCAUUCCCUCCAAUACGAACCCAGCUGAGUACCUUUUGGAUGCGGUCAGCUCUGACUUCACAGUCCACGAGGACCAAGUCGAGAAGAUUCAGACCUCAUGGACGCAGUCUGCCGAGUAUGCCGCGUUAAGCAAGCAACCACAGAGUCCUGACGAGAAGGACAUCAGGACAAUGAGCAUCGACGAAUUAAGCCGCCCAGGUAUUCCCCGAAUCACCAUGUCUCUUUUGCAUCGGCUCUUCAUCAAGAGUUAUCGCGACGUUGUAGCCUAUGGUAUUCGGAUUGUCAUGUAUUUGGGUACAGGACUGGCAAUCAUGAUGGGGACGGUAUGGCUUCGACUCCACACCUCGCAGGAGUACAUCCAACCAUUCAUCAACGCAAUCUUCUUCGGCUCAGCCUUCAUGAGCUUUAUGGCCGUCGCCUACGUCCCAUCCUUUCUCGAGGACCGGGCAACAUUUACCAAAGAACGAGCGAAUGGGCUCUACGGCGCCCUCCCCUUCGUUAUCUCCAAUUUCAUCAUCGGCCUUCCAUACUUGUUCUUAAUUUCAAUGCUUUUUUCCAUAGUCAGCUACUGGCUCUCCAACUUCCGGCCCACGGGCACCGCAUUCUUCACCUGGGUGAUGUGGCUGUUUCUGGACCUCGUUGCCGCGGAAUCCCUUGUUGUUUUCGUAACAGCCAUAUUCCCCAAUUUCGUAAUCAGCCUAGCGCUUGUCGCGUUUGCCAAUGGGCUCUGGAUGAGCGUGGGCGGGUUCCUUGUUUCGCCGACCAUCUUGAAUCCAUUCUGGAAAUAUGUUUUCCAUUAUAUUGACUAUCAGGCAUAUGUAUUCCAAGGAAUGAUGGUUAACGAGUUUAGCGAGAGGAACUACUCGUGUGGCUCGGGGUGUCAGUGCAUGUAUCAGACGGAUCUGGCGGACCAGUGCAUGAUUCGGGGUACCGGAGUGCUUAAGGAAUAUGGGUAUGCGACGGGUCGGACGGGGAAGUGGGUAGGUAUCCUGAUAGGCAUCAUUGCAGUUUACCGACUGUUUGGCUACAUUGCCUUGGUGUUGAGGAGGACUUGA